AUGUUGGCGACUGGGAUGAUCUGGCCGCUCGUGCUUCUCGGGCUCCCAGGCGCGUGUGGCGUGCAGCUGGCGACGAGCGGCUGGCACGAGCAUGUUGUUGUCAACGCCACGUCCAUGCGGUCGAAGCUCGCGGAGUGCAGCAGUUCGCAGAAGUGUCAAGGCUGUUGCACGCCACUGGGAGAUACCGCGUCUGCGUGGCAAUUCACUUCGUCAGGGGCGCACGGCACUUGGUCCAGCACCACCGCGUUCAUCCGCUUCGAUUUCGAGGACGAUACAUACUGCGGUGGCGUCGCGACUGCCAGACAACACGGGAACGCAAUUCUCACCUCGAACGACGCUUCGCCCAUCGACUUGACCCUUGCGAUGACAGGCGUCGCGGAGGCCCAGUACGAACAGUUUGAUCUUUAUGGUUGA